AUGGGUAAUGUUCCAGGGAAAAUAGAUCAAGAAGAUAGUUUUAAUGACACCAGACCGGAUUCCUCAUAUAAUACUGCAUCAUCUAAUUCUGUCACCAAACAAUAUGAUGAAGAAGCUUCUUCAAGGUUGAGAACAAGACGCACGACGUCUUUGGUCAAUAAUAUAUUAAAUGGGAAUAAUACUCGUACAAGAGCUGGUUCUAAUUUAUCCAGCAAUAGUAGGAGAAAGACGUCACGGGAAAAGGAACUGGCUAAAGAGGCGCAUGCCAAACAAUUGGUUGUAAGGAGUAAGGAAACCGUAGAUGGGGGGUUUUUAGCUCCAUUUGGCUGUUAUUCUUUUGAAAAGUUGGACUAUGAUGCUACGGUCGUUAAAAAUUUAAUAAUCAAACGAAAGUUAGCGCCGUUUUACACUCCAUUGCAAGAUUUCGAUGAAAGUUGGACUAGAGAUGAGUUGAUAAAAAUUGUUGACGGAUUGCCAUUGCACGAUACGUUCGAUGAAUACUUGGAAGAAUUCGAAGAUGUACCGAUAGGCAAUUUAAGAAAAACAACAUUUAAUGAACUAAUAGACAAAUCCUUAUCCAAAAAGGAACAGAGAAGAAUGCACGCUAAGAUUUUUAGAGCAAGAUUAUAUAAGAAAAGAAUUUUGUGGCAGGAAAACGAAAACGAGACGUUUUUGGAGAAAAAACUAGAGAUGAAAAAAAUUGGAAGCAAUUCCAACAACGUUGGCGAUAAUAGGAGUAACCAGCAAAAGAAAAAUUAUCAUUUACCGAGUGACGAUCUAAAGUAUACUCUUUACAAAAAUGGGUCUGAAUGUCCUAUUUGUUUUCUAUAUUUCCCAGGGCCUUUCAACUAUUCCAAAUGUUGUCAACAACCUAUUUGUACUGAGUGUUUUGUACAAAUUAAGAGAGCCGACCCUCAUUUCCCUCAUGAAGAAGUAGACCCAACCGAACCACAGACCAAUGACGAUGAAAAGGACCCAAACCUUCUUACUUCUGAGCCAGCAAAUUGCCCCUAUUGUGCAACUGCUAGCUUCAGCAUCACUUAUAAACCACCCACGAAUCGUGAAACUGGUAUAGGGGGUAUGCCAGCAGACUCUUAUGUAUAUAGGGAUGGUACCAUAUCAAGACCUGAUGGAGGUCAGUCGAGCAUUUCCGUCAUUACUUCGGAUACUAUUCGUCCUGAUUGGGAAAUCAAAUUGAAUAAAGAAAGGACAAGGUUGAUGAGGAGAUCUGCGAAUGCCACUGCUAUACAUAUAAGCAAUAGAUUAAUCGACCCGAAUCAUAGUACAAGGAGGAAUACAAGUCAUAGUAUAGCCCCUGUUCAAGAUGAAAGUACGUCAGCUUCAAGAUCGCCUGAACCGACAAUAAACGAACUUGAAGACCAAAUGGUGAGAGAAGCUAUUAGAUUAAGUCUUGAAGAUCAGGACAACCGAAAAAAAUCAAAGAAUAGAAAUGCCGCCUUACGACCAUAG